AAAUAAAAAGUUCCAAAAACACAAACAAAAAAGUUCCACGACUAGUUUAGUAAUGUCAGACAAAUAUGCGAGCCUUUUGGUAACUCGACUUCCAUCCAUGUGAUCACUGUUCGUUCACUUGCAGAGAGAGAGAGAGAGAGCUUCAAAGGAAAUUACUAAGGAAAGAGAGGGGUCUGAUCUUUAAUUCAGCAAUUAUGAAAGGCCAUGAAGCUAAGAUGCCAAGAAUGGAGGACAUUCUUAACCUUCCAGUGCAAGAUCCUCCCUGUGCAGAGUUUUCUGCAGCAAAUAUAAAGUGGGUAAAGGUCGAAGGUGGUCGCCAAGGUGGUGAUGAUAUUGCUCUCGUCCCUUUUUCUAGAGUCGAGGAUUUUGUCAAAGGAGAAUCUUCUAACGCAGAAUGUCCUGCUAGUUUUCGUGUUGAGUCAAGGAGGAAAAGAUCUGAAGGUAGCAUCAGCAAACCAAGGGUUGAUGGCUAUCUUGAAUAUACAUUAUAUUGGUGUUCAUAUGGUCCUGAAGAUUACCGAGAUAGUGAGUCUGGUAUAGGGGAUGGCUCAAAUGUGAAACCUGCAACCGGGAAGGGGAGCAGGCCUGGAAGGCGGCAUAUGAUGCGAGGUUGCCUUUGCCAUUUUACUGUAAAGCGCUUAUACACCCGCCCGCUCCUGGCUCUAAUCAUAUAUAAUCAAAGAAAACAUGUAGAUAAAACAGGGGCGCCAUGCCAUGGGAUACUUGAUCUGGAUGCCGUUGGGACAAGAGCUAUGUAUGCGCCAAGGAUUUCAGAAGAAUUGCGCCAGAAAGUAAUGGCAAUGCUUUAUGUUGGAAUGUCAUUGGACAAUAUAAUACAGCAUCAUGCAGAGGUGGUGCAAGGACAUGGUGGUCCUCAUAAUCGUGAUGAUUUUCUGACUCGGAAUGAUGUUCGUAACAUGGAGAGGGUUGUUCGUAAUUCUUCUCACAAAUUGCAUGCAAAUGAUGAUUCCAGUUUUAAAAUAUGGGUGCAGCGCCAUCAGAAGCAUGUCUUUUUCUUCCAAGAUAAUUCUGGUUCAGAUCCAUUUAUUCUGGGAAUACAGACAGAUUGGCAGUUGCAGCAGAUGCUCCGCUAUGGGCAUACUGGUUCUAUAGCUUCUCAUUCAAAAUUUGGCUCAAAGAAACUUAAGUAUCCUCUGUGUACUUUACUUGUUUUCGAUUCAUCUCAAAAUGCAAUUCCGGUUGCUUGGAUCAUUACAUCUUCAUUUCUUAGCCAAGAGAUCCACAAAUGGUUUAGUUCUCUAGCUGAAAAAAUCCGAACCAAGGAUCCAAGGUGGAGGCCCAGUGCCUUUCUAGUUGAUGAUCCUUCCCUUGACAUAUCUAUCAUAAGAGAGGCUUUCCAUUGCCGGGUACUAUUAUGUACCUGGCAUGUUCGCCGUUCUUGGAUAAGAAGCCUUUUAAAGAAAUGCUGCAACAUUGAUGUGCAACGGGAGAUGUUUAAGCACUUAGGGUGGGUUUUGUAUUCCACAAGAAGUGCAGCAAAUGCUGCGGAUGCAAUUGAAGAGUUUAUGCAAGUCUAUGUUGAUCAAAGUAUUUUUAUAGAUUAUUUCAAGAGGAGGUGGUUACCAUAUAUAGAGUUGUGGGUUAAUGGCAUUAGGUCUCUCCCUCUGGCUGGCACAGAGCCCUUGGCUGCAAUUGAAUCCUACCACAUAAGAUUGAAAUCCAAGCUUUUGGAUGAGCAAUAUGCUAAUUUCUGGAAAAGGAUCGACUGGUUGGUCCAUACUUUGACAACUGCAUUUCACUCCUCAUAUUGGUUAGAUCAAUACAGCGUAGAAACUGGGUAUUUUGCAGAUGUAAGGGACAAGUCUUCCUUAGAAAAUGCCUGGUAUCAGGCUCUGCACAUUUCUGAUGUUGAUGUGAUGUUAGAUGAGCAAAAUCUCCAACUUGCAAAAGUUAUCUCUCAAACUGACAGAAGCCUGGCAUAUAUUAUUUGGAAUCCUGGUACAGAAUUCUCCCUCUGUGACUGUCCCUGGUCAAGGCUGGGAAAUCUCUGUAAGCAUAUCGUCAAGGUGGCAAUCUUAUGUAAAAAUCGACAAGUUGCGAGGCCAUUGUUGGUAGCUCAAGUCUAUCGGCAAGCCUUGCUUGCUCUUCUGCAGGAUCCCCCUGACAAUCCUUUAGUUCUUGAGCAUGCAAUUUUUCAUGCGACUCGCUUGCAACAGGAUAUCAAAGGCUUGGAAGACUUGUCCAAUAAUGGGUUGCUCCAGCCUUUACCUCCAGAAAUGAAUCCUCAAUUAGGAGAUAGUAUUCUUUUUCCACGAUAUCUUUGAUUGGGCCAUUCAGAAGAUGGUCAGCUCAGAGCCUUUCUAGCUGUAUGACAUUUUUGAAUGAGACUUGGAAGUUAGCUUUUUCUCGCUGGCAAUCAAUCUGAAUACCUAACCAAGUUGGAAUUUGCACCAGUGCUAUGAAAAGUUUCAAGUCCUGCUUAUGGAACUUGGAGUCUUUACCUGCGGAGGUAUAUUAUAAUAUCUUCAGUGCUUUGAUUUGUUGUAUCCUUAGCUGGGGCCUUGAGAGAAACUAGAAAAAUAAGAAAGUUGGUUAUUUCAAGCAGGAAAUGUAAUAUGCUGGAUCCACGGACAGAUCAAUGGCUUGUAAUUUAGAUGGACAUUUCCUGGGAACUUGGCAAUAGUCUUGCAGAUGGCUGAUAUUUUGGCUCCAGGGCAUGGUUUGCUUAUCAGAUGACUUGCAAGAGUGGAGAGGAUGUGCACAAUGGGAAUCCUAAGCAUAUGUUAUCAAGAUAGUGGAAGAUGACCCAUGCGAGAAUCAAAUCUUGACAACACAAAAAGGAAGUAAUGUCCAAAAGAUUUUAGGUUUCAUAAAUUAAUAGAGAUAGUUAAAUAAUUACAAUAUUAAAAAUUA